UGGUUUCCAAGGAUUAGACCAUAGGUUAUGGCUAGCACGUGUACCUCCCCUCUUCUUGAGCUGUCACUCUACGAUGAUGGCCAUGUGCACCAUGUCUUCUAUCUCCACAUAAUGUUGCAUCUCCACCCGGUCAUGGAUGUUUGGAUUCAAUCCUUGCAAGAAUCUCGCCAUGGUUGCCUCUCGGUCUUCUUCUACAUUGGCUCUAAUCAUGGCUUUCUCCAUCUCUUGAUAAUACUCUUCCACACUCUAAUGUCCUUGCCUAAGCCCUUGCAACAUUUUGUACAAUUCCUGGUGGUGGUCGAGCAGGAGAAUUUCAUUGCUGCCUCCUAUUAUCCAAUUGCAACAUUUCCAAUUGCUCUUGCAUGGGUUCAAUUAACCUAUUCACCAUCUGUCGUGUCUCUCCCAAUAUCGCUUGCACCUAUAGAGCACCUGUUAAACCCAGAAUUUUCCAGAUCUGGUCUGCUCUUCAUCCCCUGUCCGCGAGCUGCUCUUGCCGGUGGAGAGCUUCUCGGUUUUUCUGGUCAUGAGCUUCUUCUCCAAAUCCGUCAGCUUCCAUGUUCGCCGGAACCGGCUUUUGCUUGCCGAAAAAUUCUGGUUCCUGAUCGUUCUAUCAGUUUAGCACUGAGACCGAGUCUUCGGUUUUAUGCGAGUGAGGUAAGUAAAGUAUGGUAAUGCCUUUCGAAUUGUUUUUGAGAUGGUGGCAAGGUUUAAAUUGAUUUUAUCAGCAUCCUAGUGUGAUUAAACUGAAAUGAAAAUUGUGAUGAUUUUUAUGAAAAAUUAUUGUUUUUCUGGAAUUGAGCAUGAUUGGAGUGAAAAUGAGGAUUUCAUUGUUUUACUGGAAUUAAGCAUGAUUGGAAUGAAAAUGAGAAUUUCAU